GUACGCGUUAUCAUUUGUUGGAAGUGGAAAACUAUUUUUAAGUGGAAAUAGUCAACGCAUGUAUAUUUAUCAUUCAUAUUUCUCCAACAUAUUAUAAAAAUGUCACAAAAGCAGCGACUUAGUUGGAUUCUAGAAAUUUUUUUGCUUUCUCUCACCUUGGUCUCAUCCCACAAAACUAUGUCCCCGAAUUAUCAAGAUACACCAGAUGCAUCGACUCUGAAGAUAGAGGCCAAAGAAUCCGAAGCAUCGAUAACUUUAGGGAAGGAACUAAUCCUCGGUCCUCCUUUGUCGACUAAACCCUCAAUCGUCACUGAUUCUAAUCAUAUCGUUUCUACAAAACAUGUUCCUUUCGUAUCUCCUACGAUUGUUAGUCAAAUAUCUUCCGGAGAAUAUGUCAUCCCCCAAAGAACCAUCUCAAAGAAUAUGGGUCCUCGCGGUUCUCAUGUCGAUAAUCAAAAGUCUUGGAUUAGCAAAAGUCCGAAAACCGCUUGGAAAAAGGAUAGCUAUCUUCAGGCACUGAUGCACUCACAUAACAGCGAUGAUCUGCGAGAAGGGAUCGUACAGACGGACUCAAAGACGAAGAUAAAUAGGAGAGAGUACGUGCAGGGACCUAUUUACAAGCCAGAAACAGAGUAUGGUUCGCCCGAUUCGAUAUACGCAUCGAAAAGUCCGCGAAUUACUUAUGGUGAGCCCAAUGCUCUUUCAUCUAGCGAUUCUUAUUCUCAAUCCUUUAAGUCGUCAAUGGAUUAUAAUAAUCGCUAUAGCGUACCACAGAAUUCUUAUGGUCCGCCACAAAAUUCGUACGAAUCUCCGAAUAAUGGUCCUAUAUCGCUAUAUCCUCAAACUUCUUCAUAUGGAUCAUCCGGAAAUUAUCUACCACCUCAACAAGGAUAUGGUUCUUCAAUACAUACUUCCAUUCCACCUCCGGUUUACAGUGCACCCUACGCGCUUUCGGAUGUGGCUCAAAUUUCCCUUCUGCCAAGUAUUGACCUAGGAUUGCCGUUUGCUCUCAAAUUAAAUGCAUUUACCAUCGCGAAAAUCAUAUUAAAAUUGGUGAUCUUUAAAAUGAUCGUGAAAUUUAUUGCAGUAAUCUGUUUGCUGCUUUUCAUACCUAAACUUGAGAUCAUCAAGAAAAAAGUUUCCAAUAAAGACGACGAGGAUCGCAAGUUCUCAGCGCCUUAUGUCAGUAUGGAAACAUUAAACAAUUUCGAAGAUAUAGUAAAAAGCUCCGUUGAGAAGUACGAGACGCAAAACAAUGCUCGUUCAAAUUCAACAAAGAAAUGCACGACUCCUGCGUGUCGCAUUGUCGAGGCAUUUACGUUCCACGAAUCUUGGCAUGAUUAUUUAAAUUUAUUUAAGAGUUAUGUAGAGGAAGAGAGGCAACUCACAGAACAAAGAGGACAUUGA